AUGCAUCCGCUACAUCCUGAUGAUCGCGGUGCUGCAUGCCCUCCUCUCGGCGUUCGGCUUGGUAUCUCUGGAAAUCUUCACCCUGGACCUCUUGCUGAUUUUGGCCCUGCCCGUGGUCGUGACACAUCUGCACGCUCAUUGAAGUCUGCUGCCACUCGCAGCGCUGAUACCACCAACGGAGCCGCUGAUGGCGGUGCUGAUGUUGAAGCCGAAGCUGAUAUUGACGCUGAUAUUGACGCUGAUAUUGACGCUGAUAUUGACGCUGACGCUGAUGCUGAUGCCGGUCGCGACUUCCCCAUCGACGCCGACGGCGACGACGGCGACGACCUCGAGAACUUGUUCGACUUCUACGGCGGUCACGACAAACACUUCAACUUGACCUACCGUAGCCGACCCAUUCGCCCCUCCCACCAUCAUCGUGCCGGCGGCAGACCGAUCAAAGUCCCCGAUAACCGCAUGACUGGUCGCCGCCCUCUCAUUUGGAUGAGUGAACCGAAACUCCGCAAACCUCUCCCCUGUGGCGCCAAUAUCUUGGAUGCCUUGUCCAAGACGCAACUCAAGAAGUUCCCCUUCCGCCUGGUCGAUCGAAGCCGUGAGAUCGAUGCUGUGAAGCAGACCCAUCAUAUGGAAAGGUAG